AUGUUCAAGUUCUUCAGAUUCUUAUUGAUAUUUUUAUCAUUGGCAGCUGCCUUAUUAACCAUUUUUGGGUUAACUGGAUCUUAUUCCAACCAAUCAUACUUAACUAAGACUUAUAUGUUAAAUUUCCAUUUGGAUAGUUUAGAUUUAUCUAAAUUAUUAGAUAGUAGUGGAUUUUCAAAGAGAUCAACAACCACCAAAGAUUGGGCCAGUCAAAUCAUUUCAUCAACUGGAAAUUCUGGCUCAGCAGUUGAAAGUUUAGCUGCUAGUGCGGAAAGUGCUGUUUCUUCAUUAGGUUCAGAUGCUUCAAAUUUAAUCAGUCAAAUCACUCAAUUAGAUUACAAUGAUUUAGGGUUAGCUGAUGUGUACCAAUUAAGUUUCUGGGGUUAUUGUAAAGGUAGUAUUAACGGUACUACUAAAACCCUUUCAUCUAAUGAAGUAGGUAAACAAUUUGAUAAUAGUAAUGUUAACAUUACUUGGUGUUCCAAACCAAAAGUAGGGUAUAAAUUUGAUCCUUUGGUUGUUUUCAAAGAAGAAUUGAAUAACACUUUACAAGAAGGUGUUAGUUCAUCAGUCUUAAGUCAAGAAAUUAGUUAUUUAUUGGAUAAUUUGACUUAUGACAAUUUGAAUUUACCAGGAGAUUUAAGUGGUAAGAUCAAACUUUUCGGUAAUUUACAAGUUGCAUCCUUUGGAUUAUUGUUAGCAGGUGCUGUUUUAGCUGUUAUUUCCAUUAUAAUCCAAUUAUUAGGAUGUUUCAUGAGUCCAGAUUCUUGCUGUUUAUCAUUCUUAAACUUCUUAUUUGAAUGUCUUAUCUUCAUUAUUUUAUUGGUGGGUUCGAUUUUGAUCACUUUCACCAUGUCAUACACUAAGACAGAAAUUAAUAAGAAUACUGAUGAUUAUGGAGUUAAAUCUUUCUUAUCCAUCAAUUUCUAUGCUUUCAUUUGGUCAGGUGCAGUGGCUGCUUUAUUAUGUACUUUCUUCAACUUAUUAGGCCAUUGUUGUGGAUUAUUCAGUACUGGAAGAAGAAGAUUCAGAAGUGCUGUUCACGAUGAACCUGAAAUGGUUUAUUCACAUCAUGAUGUUAUGAGUGAUGCUGGAAGUUUCAAGACUGAAGCUCAUUCAUCUCACCAUUCAUCUCAUCAUUCAUCUCAUCAUUAG